AUGGAUGUUGAGAACGGCACUCCUACCGCGCCUGCUCCCCUUGGAGUAGCGCAAGCGACAGCCCUUACACCAUCCGGACCUUACCCCACACCUGAGAACGCGGAUAGAGGAAACAAGAAGCAUGAAGCAGAGGUGAAACGCGGAAUCGAUAUCAAGUACCCAGUCGCCAUGCAGGCAUACGAUCCCCACGACAUGUUCUUUGCGAAAUCUUCCAUCAAGUCCUGGACAAAAGAAGAGUCGGCGAAAGAAUAUGACAGGCUGACAGGAGCGUAUAUGGCUUUGAGACAUGAACACAUCUCCAUCCUUGUCGAUCAAGACAGCAAGGAGAAGAACGCACGCCGCCAAGUAACACAGUACACCGGGAAAGCACCAGGAUCAUUCACACCACAAGAGGCACAGCAUAUCCUCAAUCUGCACAAGGACGACUGUAUCAAAGACUUGAAAGGCGCCACACUGGCGGCUACCGGCGCGAACCUCGAAGAAUUCGGCAUCGACGAGACCAUCGUUACGCAGGCGUACGAUCUACCUGGCGAUAGAUCGUGGUUUGAGAAGAUCAGUGACCACUGGAGGGACGCUGCCAGAGAUGUCAUUUCGGCGCCUAAAGAUGAGAAGAAAAAAGGAAAACUGGGUCCCGAAGUUGCCGAGACAGAGCUGAAGAGAAUGAUCGAAAGGGCCGACACGUAUUGGGUAUUGGACGUCACAACUGAGGAUAUCCAACGCACACUAAGCUUCGCUACCGGCCGCUCCCAUUUCACACAAUACAACGUCAUCUAUCCGUCGGAUGCGAAACCACUAGAUGAUGAUCACUCCGUCACCGCCUGGAUUUAUUGCUUUAUCCCAAAAUCGAGCGUCAUCAUGAACAUGGCCGUGAACAGUACAAUCAAAGAGGAGGGCGACGUCUACAAGCAGGACAAGAACAAAGAGGGUGAGUGGACAGAUGGCGUCAAAGUUGGGUUGAAUGUCGCCAAAUAUGUCAAGGACUUCGUCGGCUUGACCUCAGCAUGGAUGCCAGGCGAGGUCUACACGCGCGAAUACAGGAAGAUACCCUUUCUUGUCGCCAUGGCAGCCAAGACCGCAGAUCUAGCUUAA